AUGGAGAAUCGCUCCUUUGACCAUGUCCUCGGCUGGCUUAAGUCAACCCGACCGGACAUCGAUGGCUUAACUGGAUCCGAAUCCAAUCGAAUCUCUGUUUCCGACCCCAACUCCGACGAAAUCGUCGUCUCCGAUGACGCAGUCUUCAUUGACUCGGACCCUGGCCACUCAUUCCAAGCGAUCCGAGAACAGAUAUUCGGGUCAAGCGAGAGCUCAGCUGACCCGGCUCCAAUGAACGGGUUCGCGCAACAAGCAGCGAGCAUGAGUGAAACCAUGUCGAAAACCGUCAUGAGCGGGUUCAGACCGAGUCGGGUACCUGUAUACACCGAGUUAGCGAACGAGUUCGCCGUUUUUGAUCGGUGGUUCGCAUCGGUUCCCGCGUCAACUCAGCCGAACCGGUUCUAUGUCCAUUCGGCAACCUCACACGGUGCCAUGAGUAACGUCCGCAAGGACCUCAUCCAUGGAUUCCCUCAAAAAACGAUUUUCGACUCACUUGACGAGAAUGGCCUCAGGAAGUUACCUAAUUAUGUGGUCGUGGAGCAGAGGUAUUUUGAUGUGAAUUUAUUUCCAGCCAAUGAUGAUCAUCCAUCACAUGACGUGGCGAGAGGACAGAGGUUUGUGAAGGAGGUGUAUGAGACCUUGAGGAGUAGUCCGCAGUGGAAAGAAAUGGCCCUUUUGAUUACUUAUGAUGAACACGGUGGAUUUUAUGAUCACGUGCCUACACCCGUACGUGGGGUACCGAAUCCGGAUGGGAUUUUUGGACCUGACCCGUAUUAUUUUCAGUUUGACCGGUUGGGUGUUCGGGUUCCUACUCUUCUGAUCUCUCCUUGGAUUGACAAGGGUACUGUGAUACAUGAGCCAGUUGGGCCAAGAUCAACUUCUCAAUUCGAGCAUUCUUCAAUCCCUGCUACGGUGAAGAAGCUGUUUAACUUGAAAUCGAAUUUCUUGACAAGGAGGGAUGCAUGGGCUGGUAGUUUCGAGAAUUACUUUAGCCUUCGUGACACUCCGCGUGAUGAUUGUCCAGAAACCCUUCCCAAGGUGACAACAUCAUUGAGGCCAUGGGGACCAAAAGAAGAUUCAAGCCUCUCGGAGUUUCAGGUUGAGAUGAUCCAGCUUGCAUCACAGCUCAAUGGUGAUUAUGUACUGAAAGCUUACCCAGAUAUUGGCAAAAGCAUGACAGUGGGUGAAGCCAACAGGUACGCGGAGGAUGCAGUUAGGAGGUUCCUUGAAGCUGGCAGGGCUGCUCUAAGAGCUGGAGCAAAUGAAUCUGCUCUUGUUACAAUGAGACCUUCCCUCACCAGCCGAAUCCCAGUGGGGGGUCAUGGUAACUACCAGAAAGCCUAUUAA